AAUAUUUGUCCACGUGACCGAUAUGUCACGGCUCUCGUUCUCGUACACACGGCUGCUCAACAUUUUGAACGUAGACGUAACAUCCGGUCAACUUACGGAUCCAAAAAGCUAUUUCUUCCCACCGAAGUCCGAGUUGUGUUUUUAGUGGGAAUUGUACAAAAUCUGAAGAUUCAGGAGAAAAUUCAAGAGGAACAUACCCAAUAUGGCGACAUAAUUCAGGGACAAUUUAUUGAUACAUACCAUAAUUUGACCAACAAAGGUAUCAUGGGCUUCCGGUGGAUUCUGAAUUAUUGUAAUAAUGUGGACUACGUCAUCAAAGUUGAUGAUGACGUCAUAUUUGAUAUGUGGAGAUUUCUAGACAAUCUGGAGGCUUUCAAUUCAACACGAUCGAUGUUUUGUACUCCGAUAUAUGACGGUCAGAUAUUCAGAGAUGGAAAAUGGACAGUGCCGGAGUCUCAAUUUGUAGGAGUGACAAACUGGCCGUGGACAUAUUGUCAAGGCUUUGUCGUCAUAAUGACUGGUGAUGUCAUUCGAGAACUGUUUCACGCAGCACACGUCACCCCGUUUUUAUGGAUUGAUGACGUAUAUUUAUUUGGUUACCUC